AAAUACAGGACAAAAAUUUUGCGUCAAGGACAAUCAUUAUGGUCAAGGCCAUAUCAAUGCUGAAUUCUGAAUGCACUGAGAAAAUAAAAUAUAUAUGCAUAAUCAAUAAGAAAGUAAGAAAGUCUACGUUGACAUAUAGCAUAAUUUCAUUCCAAUAAUUUUUCAGAGAAAACAAGUUCAACAGCAAACAUGGUUCUGACAGAUAAGUGAUAGGUUGAAAACAAAUGAUAAGAUAAAGAAAAUUUUAAUUUUGCGUGAGUUAGUUUGAUUUCAAAUGUUAAAAACAUUAAUAGAGUUGUUGAAUAAGGUUAAUAAAGAGUAUAAUUUUUAUUUAUCGUUACAAAAAAUCAAUUCUAAAUUUAAAUUGAAGGAAAUGGAUCCAAUCUGUGUAAAAACAUUGAAAAAUGUAAAAAUUGAUCACAGGGUUCUUCUCACCCCUUCUUUGAAUGAAAUAAAAAAUGUUAUCACUCCUGCUCUUCAGAAAAAUUUUAAAGAAAUAUCAGUUGAAAUAGUUGAUUGUCCAGAUUUAACAAAGAAACCAUUCUCAUUAGCCGCACAAGGUCUUGAAGGAAAUGCUCAAAUAUUGGAAGUUGGUGGACCAUCUUAUUUAUUACCUUCUGUACAAAGAAACAAAGUUUAUGAUAUACAAUCAAUAUUAAAUUCCGUAAAUUUUGAUAGAACAGCCUUUGUAAUUGGAGCAGGAGCUGGGCCAUGGCCACAACUAUCACGUAAUUGUGAAAUGAUGAUGAAUGUUUUGAUUGCUCCAAAUAAAGUAACCAAUGAAACAAGAUUGGCUUGGGUUGAUCAAGAAGAUCAAUGUGUACUUCAGAAGUCUGCUGAAAAUGAUACUAGAUUUGCGUUACUUGCUAAUUUAUUUAUUUCUGAAGGAAAAACUGGAAAAGUGAUUAAAGUUUAUGCUAAAAAUCGUAUUGGAAAGUUGGAUUUUAUAGCCACAAUGCAGAAGGCUUUGGAAAAAUAUUACACAAAUGAUUUAGUGGGCUUAGGUGGUACUUUUAUUUUAAAAGAAGGAAAAGUUAAGCAACACGUAAUGCCAGAUUUUUCAUCAACUCCACUUAAUACUGAAAAAUCCUUGAAUGAUUGGUUGAAUUUUUAUGAUAUGUCAGCACCUUUGAUUGCUGUUGGAACGUUUGUGUCAUCAGAGACUACAGACCUAGAUCUUCGUGUUCAGCAUUUCCAUAGUUUUAGUCAUCAUGGCGAAGGUGGUCAUUAUCAUAUUGACACUACUCCUGAUACCGUUGAAUAUUUGGGAUAUUUUAAUGUUGCUAAUUGUCUUUACCGUGUUGAUCAACCACCAAGUAAAGUUACUUUUGGCAAAGAUUAAUUGCCUCUUAUUGUUAAUAUUCAAUUAUUAAAUGGACCAAUUUUAUAUUCGGUAAAACUAGAUAUACCAAUGAUGACUGAAAUAUCGUGAUAAUCAUCGCAAAUUAAAAUUUUAAUAUAUUUUUGAUGAAAAAAUAUACAAAAAUAUUUUACAUUGUUUAAAAAAAACCACUAAUAUAAUUAAUGUU